ACUCUCUUCGUCUCUCGCGCGUACUGUAUGAGGCUUGCCCUGAGUGGAGACCUCCCAGGAUCUCCCAGGACCUCCCCCAUGCACGCCUAGGGGAGCUAACACACAAGCGUACCUGCCUCUCGGUGCUGCAAUCGAGAAUGGCGUUCCUCCUGGCUGCUUACCUACAUACAUAGCAUAUACUCAUCCCGCAAGUACCUACACUCCAUGCCUUGUACCGGUACAUGUACGGUGCCACUGCUGUACACCUCGUCCGAGUAGACGGCCUGCCUAUAGUACCUGCUGCUCCGGCGUCCCGUAUAGGCAUAUGUAUAUAUAUGUACCCGCUCGGGGCCUGGGGGCUCUCCCGGCGCGCGAAUUCUCCAUUUCCUGGCCCUCCACUCUCCUCUCCCAUACCCAGAAUCGCGUGGGCUGCGCCGCCAUGCUUAAUGCUGUGUCACAACGUCUUGUACCGGCCAUGUACCUUUCACUCGCCGAGUUCCUCUCGCUCACUGCACUCUGCAAGCUGCACGCUGCGCACUACGUACUUUGUGCUGCUGCAGCACACUGCCUGCCUCGUUCCCGCUGCCACUGCCUCAGUCUCUGCCUUAGUCUCUGCCUCUGGGCGGUGGCUCCCUACUGGCAUCCAUGAUAGUACUAGGUACCACAAGCACCAACCACUAUGUACCUAUGUACUCUGCCUCUACCUCUCCCUCUACCUCGUCCUCGUCCUCGUCCUCGUCCGUACCCCAGUACCUCUCCUACACCAAGUACCAUACUAAGCAUGUACGUCUGCUGCCUCGAUCUACCCGUUGCCAUUGCUUUGGGAACCGAGACGAAGGGGAGGCAUCCACCAGCACAAAAGCACAAACACUCGCUGGCUUGUCAUCUCAUUCACCCAUUCGCCGGUGCUGGUUGGUGGUGCCGCUAAAUUUCCUUUGCAGGUCCAGGUUCUACGGGCUGCUAAAUCUCCCCUUUCCCGGCCACCAAUGCCGUAGCCUGGCUGAGGUUGCAGC